AUGGCACGAAAGAAGAGAGCUGCCCGCAGAGGCUCCCAUAGUGGCACCCACCGUCCUGAUCACACACACUCUUCUCCCUCACACUCUCCUACUCAUUUUUCACCUCCAUCACCACCAAACCCUUCUCCUGACAUGGCCUGCACUAAGAUCACUGUUCGCCGUCCUGGCGUUGCUCCUCGUCCUUCUCCUCCUCCUCCGCCAAACACUUCUCAGCCUAGUUUAUCAAAACCCAUCUCUUCCAGAGGAAAGAGGCAUCUUCAUGAAGACAAAGAGAUUCCCCCCACUCAGCCUCGCCAUACUCGCGGCACAGUCAUUGACUUUCAUCUUCGUCCUGUUGCUGAACCUAGACUCUCCAAUCCUAUUGCUUACAAGUCCUUUUAUGCUUAUUUUCCUGAUGAGUCUUAUGAUCGUCGCCCUUUUUAA